AAUAAAUUGUAAUAAAUUGCGACAAUGCAUUACCAUCAAGGCAAAAUGAUUGUGCUCUUGCUGUGUUUCGGUGUACUGCUUAGUCUUACAGAUGGAAAGACGAAAUCUUGUCUUCAUGGAAGCUUCAACACCCAUCCAACAGACUGCACAAUGUAUCAGGUUUGUGUACAUGGUUACAAACUGAAUAUGACUUGUGGAUUUGGGACUGCAUGGAAUCAGAAUAUUUCCUCAUGUGUAGAUGCCGCGGAGAUGGGAUGUAAAUUUCAAGGCGAAAUAUCUGAUUCAAAAGGGUUUUCAUGUCCUUCUACAUUUGGUGCCUUCCCUGAUCCAAAGGAUUGCACAAAGUAUUACUUUUGUUCAUAUGGAAGGGCAAUAUCAAAACAAUGCCAGCCCAACACAGGAUGGGAUGCGAAGUUGAAAUUAUGCAAUUAUAAAACAAAUCUGAAAACAAGAGGAUUGAAGAAAGUAUUUUGA